GCUAAUCACAGUCACCGCCCUCUGUCUUUGCACCGCCAAUCCUCCGUGAGAGAAGGCAGACGGGAUAUAUAGGAGGAAGCCCCGAUUCAACGCCACCUUUUUCUCCUUGCUUCAUCUUCACUCCUCUCCGGAUGGCUGCUGCUACGGUGGCAUUGUCAGCAGUAGCAACCUCCUUUUCUGCAAGCAGAAGAAAGGCUCGUCUCUCUUCGCUCCCCUCAAGGAGGCCUUCUCUCUUCUUCCUCUAUGCCCCAGAGCCAUCCCGCGCUUCAAAAAUCCCACCUUUGGGCACAAAGGGCUGUACCCUACGGUUGUUCGCCAGGGCUGUCUCCCCCGUUAGAAGCUUGUCGUCAUGCCCUUCGACGGAAUGCGCAUGUGAACCGGAAGCGGAAGAAACCAGGCAGUCUGGCCUUGGUAGGCUCCUCCUGUGCGCCUCGGUCUGGAAAGCUUUCGUCUUUGCCUCCUGUGUUGCUUGUGGUGCUUGCCUCGCUGCCGAUGGAUCCAUAAGAGCUUCUAGUUUGGGGUUGAAGGUUGCUACAGCGCUGAGAAGAAUAGGCUGGCCUGAUGAGGCCGUUGUGUUUGCCGUUGCGACCCUUCCUGUGCUGGAGCUCCGUGGCGCUAUUCCGGUCGGCUACUGGAUGCAGCUUGAUCCUCUUAAGCUCACAGUCCUAUCCAUUCUUGGAAACAUGGCUCCGGUGCCGUUCAUCAUCCUCUACCUGAAAAGGUUUGCGUCUUUCGUCUCACAAAGGAGUGCGGUGGCAACCCGGUUUGUGAACCUUUUGUUUGAGAGGGCCAGAGAGAAGGCAGGGCCCGUGGAGGAGUUCCAAUGGCUGGGUUUGAUGCUGUUUGUGGCGGUGCCUUUCCCUGGUACAGGUGCUUGGACUGGAGCCAUCAUCGCGUCCAUCCUUGACAUGCCUUUCUGGUCAGCUUUCUCAGCUAAUUUUGUCGGGGUUGUUCUGGCUGGGCUGCUGGUUCAUUUGCUCGUGAAUCUUGGCCUGAAAUAUGCAGUCUUGACUGGUUUGCUUAUGUUCUUUGCAUCAACUGUCAUAUGGAGUGUCCUGCGGUCAUUUAAGAGAUCAAUCAAUUCAAACUGAUGGUUGUCUGCCCUGCUAUCAGUAGUUUGCUCUGCUCCUUUGGACCACCCCAGUAAACUUGCUUUAUGAACAGAGCUUGUUGGAACUCUUGUACAUCACCGAACAAAGGGUUUACUGAUAUGAUUCUGCUUUGGCUAAUAUCCUUGUUUGCUAUGGUUUACUGAUAUGAUUCUGCUUUGAAUUCAAAGGCAGCCCAGAACCUGGGAAGAUUUGAUUAAAUGUAGCAGUACAUCUUCAUGCUUCCAUCUUAUUUUUUCUUUUCAUUUUAAUCAUUUCAGCAACAUUUUGACUCUAUUUUUGCUACUUUACCAUUUUGAAUAUAUUUCUUUGCUUCAGGAAGGUCAAGUCAAUUCAUAUAAUGUUCUACUACCUGUAGAGGAACUUUGAAGAAAAUACAGGAUGCAGUUGGUUCAAACAUAGAAGAAACUUGAUGCAUAUUGCUUUUUACUUUACAACUCAAAGAGUCAUAACUUCGGAUUAAAAAAAUGUCCAAGUUAAUGAUACAUAGGAAAAAUCUGCUUGGCAUUUUAUUUUGGAGCUGAAAGAUUAAAUAUUGCGAGGUAAUGAAGUUAGUUUCUGGCCACAGGCCCUCUUUAUUUUGUUUGUUUGUUUCCAAAUAUUUUUUCUUUUCUGUCAUUCUUUUCCCUCAUAUUUCUGUGUCUAAUUUUCUCCAGAAUUUGCUACCGACUCAAUCAAACAUGGUUAAUUAACUAACAUCAGUAUGAUUAGCCAUUUUGGUCUUGCAUCAAAAGAAAGUCAUGCCAGUGUGACCUUCCCCAGUAGAGUAGCUGCUUUUCUUUUUUUUGCUCUUUCACAAGAAAGUGAUGCCAGUGUUAUGCUAAUACUUGUCGGUUUAUCAUAUGUAAUCUGGCACUCAUCAGCUGUGAAUUGCAGCUUUGGUGGUGAUCAAGUGAUGUUCUAUAGGCAAACAAGAUGGCAUUCAGAUGAAGCAGCAGGAAAUAUGGCUCUUGGCUUUUGUUCUUGAAAGCCUGCUAAAUUGGCUGCUGAUCUUGUGACCAUUAUUUGGAAGAACUCCAAUCUAUGCCACCAAUGAAGAGGAAGUCCAAUCUAUGCCUUUUAUGCUUGA